AUGCCGUUUCUGCACUCAGGGACGCAACCGAAAAUCCUCAUUGCAGGCGCCGGUAUCGGCGGUCUAACAACAGCGUUAGCGCUCCAUUCCGCCGGUUUCAACAACAUUCAGAUCUUUGAAGCGUCGUCGACUCUUACAACGCUAGGUGUCGGAAUCAAUGUGCAGCCUUCUGCUGUCUUGAUACUGCGCAACCUAGGUCUCCUGGAAGCCUUGGAGAAAACAGGCAUCAAAACACAAGAGCUAAACUUUUACAACCGACAUGGAGACUCUAUCCUUAGCGAGCCCAGAGGCCGUAACGCAGGGUACGCGGUCCCACAGUUCUCGAUUCAUCGCGGAGAAUUUCAGAUGUUGCUUCUGAGUGCGGUGAAAGAGCGCCUUGGAGAAGAUGUGCUCCAUAUUAAUCAUGCUUUUACGGCUUUUGAUCAGAACAACGACAGUAUCACAGCGCGCUUUUCGCGCAGAAGAGACGGAGAACCAGCGGACAUGUCGAGUGUGACUGGCGACAUUUUAAUCGCUGCAGAUGGUAUCAACUCGACAGCGCGAAAGAUACUUUACCCCAAUGAGGGACCACCCCGGUUCUCCGGACGCAUGCUGUGGCGUGGAUGCAUCGAGCGCGACCAGUAUCUGACGGGCGCGAGCAUGGUUUGGGCAGGCCAUGCUGACCAAAAGUUCAUUGCGUAUCCCAUCAGUCAAAGGUCUGCCGACAAGGGCAAGAGUAUGGUCAACUGGAUUGCAGAGCUUAGAAUACGCGCCAAAGACGAUCUGGAUCUCACGCCACCCAAGACGGACUGGACCAAAGCCGUGAAAAAGGAUAUUUUCGCAGGACCCUUUGAGUCAUGGAGAUGCGGAGGUCUAGAGAUGAAAGAUCUCAUUGACAAUACGGAGAAGGUAUUUGAGUUUCCCAUGUCAGACCGCGAUCCAGUCGAGGCAUGGUCUUUUGGUCGCCUCACACUUCUCGGUGACGCAGCACACGCCAUGUACCCCAUUGGCUCCAACGGCGCGUCCCAAGCCAUCAUUGACGCCGAGACGCUCGCCAAACACCUUUCAUCCAACACCUCGGAUAUUCAGGGUGCGCUCAAGGCGUAUGAGCUUGAACGACUCCCACCAACAUCCAAGAUUGUCAUGGCGAAUCGCGCCAACGGACCAGAUCACGUGCUGCAAUUGGCAGAGGAAAGAGCGCCGGAUGGAUUCAAGAACGUCUACGAUGUUAUCCCUAAAGAUGAACUUGAGGAAAUUGGCAGAGUAUACAAAAAGGUUGCAGGUUUCGAAGUGGAAAGUGUGAAUGAGAAGGCGAAGGAGACGGAGGGCGUUGAUGUACAGAAGGGCCUGAGGAGUCCGCAAGACUGGAUAGUAUAA